AGGUGGGAGGGGCCUAUCCCCAGGUGCAUGUCUUUGGAGGUGGGAGGGGCCUAUCCCCAGGUGCAUGUCUUUGGAGGUGGGAGGGGCCUAUCCCCAGGUGCAUGUCUUUGGAAGUGGGAGGAAGCCGGAGUACCCGGAGGGAACCCACGCAGUCACGGGGAGAACAUGCAAACUCCACACAGAAAGAUCCCGAGCCUGGAUUUGAACCCAGGACAGCAGGACCUUGGUAUUGUGAGGCAGACGCACUAACCCCUCUGCCACCGUGAAGCCUGUUUGUCAAGUGAUUGCUGAGUAAUUCUGCUAAUCUUGUUGACUUAAUCCUUCCAAACUAAUGGAGUUUGUCAACUCUGUCAGGGAUGAAGUGUGCCGGCCGCUUCUCCACAAACUUCCUGGUGAGCGGCCGGCUCGCAUCAAGUCGGAGGAAGCACGCUUCUUGGGUUUUUGCAGCAGACAAUUGAGACAGAUAUUCUCGCAAUUGCCUCAAAAAGUUUGAUUUUAUUGAUACAAUCAGAUCUCCCUUGCAGGUGAAAAUGAUGUCCAGAGCUCCAAGGUGGCCGGAGAAGCUGGUGAACAGCAAGAUCAGCAGAGUGGCAAAGCAGCCGUCAUGUUGGACCGUGUCUUCAUCCAGUGGAGGCAAGGUUGCAAGCCAAGGCAGCUCCAGUUGUGGAAGGAGCAGCAAGAUCUUCAACAAGACUUUGAGGAAACCAAAACAACAGCUUUUGUCAUCUCCUUCAUCCAAGCCAGCUCUGCAGCUUUGGAGCAGCCGGAGCUUUUCUUCCCUGCACACCUCCUCUCUCUCUGCAGCUCCAUGCAGGAGGAGCAGUCGCUCCCUCAACAGACUCCACCAGAGAUCCACCUCAGACGAAUGUGAUGUUGUGGCUGGCAGUUUUACGCUAAAGAACGGAGCAUUCUCGUCCUCCGCCCAACAGCCAAUCAGGAAAAACAAGGAGCGAAACCAAAAGAAGCAAAUGAGCAGUUCAACCGAGACUAUCAACUCAUCUUGCUCGGAGCGCUCAACUACGAAGCAAGAUGCAGUGGCUGCUGGACUUCCUCCUGAAAGUCCUGGUCUGGAAGGAAGUGCUGAGGUGUGUUCCCAAGAGGAGCAAGAAGACAGAAGUUUGCAGGUGAAGCACAUCUGUGAGGUUAGUCCAGAGUCACAGCAGCAAGAAGAAGAAAAGGGAGAGCAGCAAUUCCAGCAAAAGAUGCAAGAAAACUCUGCGGACAUGAACUCCUCCCCGACUGACUCUUCAUCUUCUGCCAGUCCUGCACAGCAGCUGGACCGAGGUCAAGAGUGUCCAAUGCAUUCACCCGCCUGUGCUGAGCUGAUACAGACAAAGCAGGACAUUUCUGAUCAGCAGCGUCUCUGCGAGAAACAAACGGAGCAACUUGUCAGAGAGCUGGAACAAACACAGAGAGAAGUGUCUGGACUGCAACAGUCAAACACAAACCUGCAACGUGAGCUACAACAGCGAGAGAGUCAUUCAAGAGGAAAGAACGAUCUUCCAUCCAACUCCAAGUCCUCAUCGGAGCCAACUUUGACUCUGCAACAACUGCAGAAGGUAAACCGUGACCUCCGCGCUGAGUUGGAUGCACAAAAUAGAAAACAGGAGGAAGCCAGGGAAGCCGAGCUUCGUCGAAGAGUUGACCUUUUAGCUCAACAAGCACAGCUGCUGGUGACGGGGGACGCCACGGCGCUUGCACAGGCGCAUCUAGAGCAAGAACGGCAAUGGUUCUUUGAACAGCGGACGGAGUGGGAGCAUACUGUCACCUCCUUGAAGAGCCAACUGAGUACCAGUGAAAGGAUGCUGAAAGAGUCUGAGACCCGUGCGACACUGCUACAGGAGCAGUCUCGGAGUCAUCAUGCUCUCCAAGCGGAGGCGGAGGAGCUAAGAAAGGCUCUCCUAGAGGUCACAACACAACUUCAAACCAACGAAGAGACACAGGCUCAAAAAGAAGCUCUUCUGCAGAAGCACCUCAUGCUCCUUCAAGCCAGCCAGGACAGAGAACGACGGAGUUUGUCAGUCAGCUUGGCGCGGGCAGAACAACACUCCCAAGAACUUCAGGAGAGAUUGGUCACGGCUGAGGAGCAGGUGGACAGCCUGAGUGAAGGCCAAAUGUGGAAAAGGGAUGUUGAGGAAGCUCAACAUAAACUCAAAGAGGAGUUAGCUUCUUCUCUGGCUGCUGUGCAAAGGUAUCACGAUGAAAAAGAGGAGCUGGAGCAACAAUGUCAUGAGCUUCAGAACAUGUUGUUUGGGGCAGAAGAAGAAGUGCGCAGGCUGCAGAGUUGCUUGAAAAAGGAAGAAGCACAUUUCCAUGAGCUUAACCAUUCAUACCUGGCAGCUGGAGAGCAGCUGCAGUGGGUUUUGCAGAAGCUGCAGCAAAAGGAGGCUGAAACCCAGGUCAUGCGUGAAGGCUUUGAGAAACUUCUCAACAGGAAGGAGCAGGAGCUGAGCGAGGUUCUGCUGAAAAUGGAAGUCUUAGGUAACAGCCUGGAGGAAACGGAAGCAAAACUCAGUGAGGUGCUUGACGUUUGUACCUGUGCCACAUCGCACCUGGAGAAUGAGUCUGCAGAGACAGGGCCGGACAAUGAAGACUUGGUACACCGGUCAGCAAGUGAUAGCCAAUCAGAGGAAAUAUAUAAGUUAAGUAGCAGCUCAAUAGACCACGAUCAUCACUAUUAUCAUGCAAGAGUCCGGUCCCACUCACUCGGUCCAUCACACCAGUACAUCAUCACCUCAGGAGACGAUCCAGAAAGGUUUACGACCGUGAUCCAGUUACUAGAAACCAAGCUUUUCGUAACAGAAGAAAAGCUAAGGGAAAUCACUCAUCAACUAGCAGAACACCAGGAGGAACACCAGAUGAGCCUCCAGGAUCCUCAGCUCUACUCCCAGCUCACCCAGAGCCAAUCCUCCGCCCAGCAUCUCAAUCUGCUGCUCCACAGCCGAGCGGAGCAGAGCCAACGCUUCGCUAAGGAGACGGACAACCUCUGCAGGCUUUUAUCCAAGCGCCUUCAGGCUGCGCUGCGCGUCAUACAAAGCUGCAGUCAGACGCUUCAAACCAGCACCGCCAUCGAGUUCAACGACUUUGAGAGGAAGCUAACUGCUGUUGAGGCGUACCUUCAGCAAGGGAGGGAAGACGCGGCAAAACACCAACGUGCAUGCUUUAAUGCCUGCAAAGAAGAGGAUGAUAUCCUCAGUGAGGCUAUGGUAGAACUUUCUGACAACAUUUCAAGCCCUGCUGAAUGUUUGAUGAGAGAACUGCUUGUAGUAGAAAAAAUGGUGGCGGCCCUUCAGAGUCCGGAUAAUCAACUUGAGUCUUUGAUGGCAGGAGAAAAUGAUAUAGGUGUGGCGCACAGGUAUGAACUUAUCCUGGCUCACAUAGGCACCUUAAAGAAGACAGGAGGGUCUAGUGCCCUCGCUGUCAUCAUUAGCGCCUGCACUGAAGCAGAGCUCAUUUAUGCUGCCUUUAAAAUCCAGCAGCAAAGUCCGGAAGACUAUCAGGAGUCCAAGGGCAAAAGGGGAGGCCUCGCACACCCUCUGGAGUUGGCUUGCUGUGAGGAGCAGGGAGAGAAGAGAGAGGUGACACCUGCUACUAAAAUGCCACCAUGGUUGCAGAAACUGAUCACCAGGCUGCAAAAAAGAGCUAGACUGUUGUGGCAGCUAAGGCAGGAGGUUCCAGGAACGCAGGAGGACUUGGAAAUGGACGCUCCAGUAAACAUCAACUGGAUGCAGGAGCAAGCAAAGCUGGUUUAUCUGUCAGAAAGGCUGUUCUUAGAUUUGGAGCAGGAGCAGCAGAGAUGUGUGGUCUUGCAGGACAAACUGAAGGCUUUGGUCAGACAGCAGGAGGCUUCAUUCAUGGACAAGCAAGAGGCUUGUAGUCACACCUUGACUGGACCUCAGGACUACAACCAAGACUGAGGGAGGAACUAGAGGACCCGAUGAUAUCCACAGGUACUGGAAACCUCCAGAGAGUCAAAGAACACAAACAGAGCAUUGAGGAAGAGCCAAACAUUGUCUUCAGAUAAGAGUCAUUUUACUUUAGAGUAAUAUCAUCCAAAUAAUUAUUUGACUUCUAAACUUAAAAACCACGCCCAUACCGGCUGGGUGAGGGCAUGGUCCUAGUGCCCGCCCCAAUGUGCUACAUUACCCACAAGGCUCAGCACUGUAGACAAGGACAGGAAGUGGAAUUGUGCCGUUUGAGCAAUAAAAAGUUAUUUUGUUACACGUUGCUGCUCCUGGUUUGGUUCGUUCACACGAGAAACAAACUCAAUCAAAACAAGUUUAGACUCUUUUCACUUCGUUCUGUCGUCGUUUUAAAAGCAUUUUUUUUAACCUGUGAAUGCUUUUAAAUGGGGGAGGGGCCAACAGCGCCACUUGGCGCUUUUCAAAAAGAGCGAUAGGGGCUACUUCCACUUGAUUUGAGGCUUGUCGCGUUUUUAAAAAGAAUACCCAGGAGAAUACUCGCUAAAUACAACAAGACAGUCGCCAAGUUAGCAACAGUGAUCCCUACUGCUCCAUCUUCUUAUUCUCUGGCAGACCAGGUGUGUUAAAACAGGUUAAUGAGCCCCGGCGACAAAUGUUAUUUAUCAAAGCUUCUGGAGAUUUCUGCCACACACAUAGGCUACCAAAGAACUGAUCUUUGAUUCCAUGGGUUUCGUUGUAAGUAGGGUUAGGGUUAGGUUUGGGUUGGGUUGGAGGGCCAGAGGGUUCGGGUCAGGGUUUGGGUUAGGAUUUAGGGUUAAAAGGGUUGGAGCAAAUGUUAGGAUUUAGGGUUAGAGUGUUAGGUUUGGGUUUGGGUUAGAGGUUUGGGUUGGGUUUGGGUUAGGAUUUAGGAUUAAAAAUGAGUAGGGUUGGGGUGAGGGUUAGGGUUU